AUGGAAAAAAAACCCCAGCAACCAACACCUUCAGUAUUCUCAAGCCUAUUUGGAACAUCCCUUAGGAGACUUAAAAUUUAUUACAUAAACAAUUCAAAAACUUCUAAAUGCAUCAUACUGCUGCUAAUAACACUACUUGGGUAUCUUUAUUUUGGAACAAAUUUAAUGAGAGGAAGAAGACUUGGUUAUGUUGGCUACAAGUACGACCAAGAGGACGAAUACUGGAUGUCGGAUGGGGAGGUGGCAGACUACCUGAACAACCUAGAAGAUACCAGACCCCCUCACUGCCUUGAUCAAGCCUUCGAUUUCAACAGAAUGUUCGACUUCAAGGACACAGUCUCCAUAGUGCUACACUUCUAUGGCAAAGAGGACCUGGGUCACUUCAAACUGGCCAUCAGUGCCAUAGUUGACCACACCCCUUUUGACGUCUACGAGGAAAUCAUCUUAAGGUCUCAAAAACACGAGGGCACUGCUGCCACCAGGUUGAAGGCCUCCCUCAUUGCAACCGGGACCAUCCUCGUUUUCGUGAGCAGUGACGUCAUCGUAAACGAGGGCUGGAUCCAACCACUGAUAGCUAAGGUUGUUUUAGAUGAGAAGACGAUUGUAGUCCCACAUUACGACAACAUGCUAGCAGGGCAUAGAUUCUUCAAGACAGACGAUUCACUGAGCAGCACAUUUGCAUGGAGUCUGUACACGAUCACUUAUGAAAAUGCAAAAGGAGACAAGGAAGAAUUUCUGAAGACUUCUGUCUUGAGAGGAGAGGUGCUUGCUGUGAAGAAGUCCUUCUUGGAGAAGAUUGGAAAUUAUGACAGUAACUUCGAGGCCGAUGGGGGUGGUGAAAAUCUGGAGCUGUCAUUUAGAACGUGGCUCUGUGGAGGUUCGAUCGUUAUUGCAAAAUGUUCUCGAGUAGCAGUCCACUCAUCUCUCAGGCCUCUCUCUGUCAGGUCCCACGCUAACUACAGGUACCUCACCGAACUCUGGCUCACUGAUGAUUACAAAGAUCUGGCUUAUCUUCAAGGCAACAUAUCAAAUGUUUUGAGUGCUGAAGAGACACUGGCUCUGAAGAACAGAAGGAAUUAUUUUAAGAACAACGGCAUCCAAUGCAAGGAUUUCCCGUGGUAUCUUUCCCACGUAGCCAAGGAAAUCAUCACCCCGUCAGAAAAUGUCGUGAAGUUCGGGAAGUUAAAAACGAAGGCGGCAUUCUGUGUGAGAGCGAUAUCUGCGGCCGAUGUUGAGAUGAGUUUAUGCAGACACCACAUUUACGACAGCGAGAUGAUGUUUGAGAUGGACAGGAAUGGAGCUAUCUUCAAAGAUGAUUACUGCCUCUCCCUGGACACAUCGGGCAAGGAGACAGGCAUCGUUGACAAACUCAUCCUCACCACAUGCCAAGAUGGUUCUCAAAAUCAAAUAUGGCAGUCCGUUGGGCCAACUUUGACACUGACAUCGAGGCCCAACCAAUGUUUGACCCAGAUAUCAGAAAGAGACAAGAUGACUCACGAACUGAAAUAUUAUGCCAAACUCAAGGACUGUUCUCCUGCUGAGUCCAGAAUGCAAAUAUGGGAAUUCAUCAAUUACUGA